AUGAGUGCUCAAGUCAUUUGCUAUCCGCUUCUGGGUCAGACCACAGUGAUUGCUGAAAAAGAGGUUAACGUCACAGUUGCGCUGUUUCCGCAUAACGAUGAAGAAACCAACUGGGAAGUAGCAUUAUGGUAUGGCUCGAAGGAUAUGAGCUGGAAACAGCUUGAUCUCACCCGAAGUGAUGAUAAUAUACCAAUACUUGCUGCAAACCCUAAGAAAUCAGUUUUGUUCUUCUCAAACACUAUGAAACAGCAAUCAUUGAAAGAACAACAAAUUUGUUAUACUAUCAAGUACAGAAGAACUGUUGAUUCAACCUGGAAGUGGGUGAAUGAUGAUCCCAAUCCGGUCGGUGAUGCAGAAAUUAUUUUCCAGAAAUCAUCAACUACUUUCCCGGUGUCUUCCAUUGAGGAAUAUAUCUCCAACUUGUCAGGUGAUUUUCACGUCAAGUAUCACGGACAGCAUGAAGCAUCUGAUUCGCCUGUAUGGACUUUGUCGUGUCCGAUAUCUGCUUCUGUCGCUUUGGCUACCAAGCUAAGCCUUCAAAGAAUCACCAUUGGAUUCCCAAAGGAUAUAGUCCAAUAUUUUGCACUCGUCAAACGAAUGAAUUUUUGGCUAGUACCACGUCAUGGAGGAUCCAGAUUCGACUUGGGCGAAGAUGAUUGUCAAUUCUACACAGGAGAUGCGGAACCGAAAGCGAUUCUGGUAUCCUUUCUAAGAAGUGAUGGGAUGAAUUUCGUGAUGCUUGCGUUGAGUAUGGAAGGUGUUGUAAUGACGCUCACAUCUGAUGAGAAUGGGAGCAUUACUUUUAUAAGAAAGAACGAGAAUGAAGAGACAAGAGAUGGAAUUGUGAUUUGUGCCGUGGGCAAAACUGUAGAGGAGGGUAUCACGGCUGCAAUGGACCAUGCGAAAAUGGUUGUCCGGCAAGGCUUAAACACAGAGCCCAUUACCGGCGGAAAACUCGAGGAAAUUACAGAUCCAAAAGACAAGAGAAAUUUCCACGAUGAGCUAGUAUAUUGUACAUGGAAUUCUCUCGGGCCCGCCUUAACAUCCACUACUCUCUUUGCCGCACUUGAUGAUCUGGGCUCAUCCUCAAUCUACCCAUCUACACUCAUAAUAGACGAUGGGUGGCAAUCCAUAACGUCAUUCGGCUCCGAAACCUUCCCAAACCAACAUCGUUGGUCAAGAUUCGAAGCUUCAUUAACAUCCUUCCCAGAAGGUCUUACCAAUCUCGCACUACGGAUUAGGAAAUCUCAUCCCUGGAUCAAAAACAUUGGAGUUUGGCACGGCAUCUUUGGCUAUUGGGGAGGUAUUGAUCCUGAGAGUGAGAUUGGAAGGGAAUAUAGAUUACGAUGGGUAGAAAUCAAUAAUUCGCGACGCAGUGGAAUGUGGGUUAUCGAUGCUUGCGAUGUGAAGAGAUUCUAUGAUGAUUUUUAUUCAUUUCUGGUCAGCUGUGGUAUAAACACAGUCAAGCUAGACACUCAAGGAUUAUUAGGUGAUCUCAAAAGUGCCAAAGAUAGAAGAGAAUUAAUACCAGCCUAUCAAAACGCAAUCCACGCAUCACUACUUUCUCAUUUCGAAGAAAGAGUAAUAUCAUGCAUGUCUCAAUAUCCUACUAAUAUUUUCUCCCCUCAAAUAUUACUCUCUUCAUCUACCCAUCCCGCCAAUAAAAUAGCCAUGCGCAAUUCCGAUGAUUUCUGGCCCAACGAUCCUGCUACUCAUGCUUGGCACAUCCACACCAACUCCCACACCUCCCACCUAACCACCCAUCUCGAAAACGUCAUCCCAGAUUGGGAUAUGUUCCAAACCUCCUCCCAAACUCCCCACUACUCCUCCUACCACGCCGCCGCGCGCUCUCUCUCUGGCGGUCUCCUAUCUAUAACCGAUACGCCCUCUCACCACGAUUCCUCUAUCAUUUCCCGCCUUUCCUGCAACCCCUUCAAAUCCCCAUCCUCACCCUCAUCUCCUCCCAUCAUCCUACGUACCAACCCCACAAAAUCUACAUCUGUAUACCCUAGCUCGCACUCCCGUCGCAUAUUAAAACUGCACACUUCAACUAUCAAAACGGAUAUAAAAGUCCUCGGGUUAUUCAACACUUUUUCUUCCGGUUCCGUCACCGAGAUGAUCGGACUUGAGGAGUUUUUUCCUCUUUCCGAUUCUUCUUUUUACAAAGAGAAGGACACCACUGGAGAGAAUCGAGAAAUCCAAGAAAAAGAGAAACAAUACAUCCUGCACAGUUCCUCAAACAAUAAUCUCUCUCCGCCCAUUUCCCUACAUUCACGCGGAACAAGCGGAGGUAAAUGCUUAGUCACCUUACCCGAGUCUGGAUGGGAAAUCCUCACCGCGUGUCGUGUAUAUACUAUUCCACUACCUCCCGCGCCAUCUCUAUCUCCAUCUCCAUCCCCCUUUUCCAAUCCUGACGCCAAUCUCAACUCCACCCCCAAUAUACCACAACAAACACGCACAAAACCCCAUCCCCAACCCAACACCACUCCCACAAUCAACCUCGUCAUCCUCGGUCUCCUCAAUAAAUUCGUCGGCGCGGCUGCGAUUCUCAAGAGUUCUUUUUCUAUUUCUUCUUCCUCCUCUUCGCCUUCACCUUCACCAUCAAAUUCAACCUCAACCUCAAACCCAGCCCCAAACCCAAACCCAAACCCAACCUCACCCCCCUCCUCACCCCCCCUCCACCUCCUCAACAUCCACAUCCAACUAAAAGGUACCGGAAUCCUAGCUCUAUACAUCUCCUCUCCCUCUUCCCCCACCCCACAAAUCUCAACCCUCCACAUUUCCCACCACAACAUCUCACAUCUCCUCGCGCACCAUUCAAAAAUCGAGUAUUUACCUCUCACGCGCGGGUUUCUGGUUUCGAUAGAUUUACCUUCUAUUGUGGACGGGGAUUGGAGUUUUGAUAUGGGGAGGAAGAGGAGGAGUAAGGGUAUGGAUAUGGGGAUGGGAGGUAGGGGGAAAGUUAUGAAAGAUAAGGGGGAGUGCGGGGAUUCGUUUGUCUAUGAUGGGGAUGGGGAUACUGAGGAAGAGGGGGUAGUGGUUGAUAUUGGGAUUUUGGUGUAA